AUGGCGGCAAUACUUGGCUACCAGUUAUACGAUGUUUCGGUCGACUAUUUUGCGUACAAAACGGUUACCGUAUUUGACGUAAUGGACAACUCAAUGGACCCGCACUUACCGUAUAUAACACUCGUCUACCAAGAACGUAAUUUAAUUAAAUACCGUAAUCGACGACAGUGUCUGCGGUCACGUGAAUCGCCGCAAUGCCAUCGAGAUAUGAACGAGGGGUAUUUGUUUAACUUUAGUCAUAUCGACACUUCCGGUGAAACACGAAUAUCCAUCGGCGGUAAUGUAGAGGAGAAACAAGGGGUUGAUAUACGAUCACUGAAACGACUAUUAAUGUAUAACUUCUAUUCAAUACAUUAUGUAAUGGUUAGCCUAUCUCUGACCAGUAGUCGCGUCGGUAACGAUUCACGCGUGACGGACAACGCGCAACAGUUUGCGGUCAUUCGUCGUUGGAGUGAAACACUCGCUUCAGAACCGAAACUAUGCGCCGACUGUUGCCCUCUCCGUACGGCCGGUGCAGUGAUUACGGCUCAGACCCGUCGNGCCGUCACUCAGACUAUGCGCCGACUGUUGCCCUCUCCGUACGGCCGGUGCAGUGAUUACGGCUCAGACCCGUCGACCGGUGCCGAAGGGGACGGCAGUGGACAACCGUUUCGUGCGAUCUCUCACUUCCAUUGCAUGAGAAGGUGUCGAUUGCGUGCCGUUAAGGAUCCACCCAAUGAUUGGUGCGGUGUAUAUGUUGUUGAUAGUACUUUACAUCAAUUAGAUUUUGACGAUCACGCGCUUAACAGAGAAUGUAUUUCCCGCCGUGCUAUGUUAAUGUUUAACGGAUUUGCAUCGAUAAACAUGUCUUUGGUGUCGAUUAAAUGUCUGUCGUAUUGUCCGCCCGAUUGUGUGGCAAUGGAUUAUCGCUCGCGUGUUGUCAACGAUAACAAGGAUUACAUACAGAAAGUGUGGAUAAAUAUUGAUGAUAAUAGCGACUGGUAUUCAGAAGAACGCCUCGUUUGGAACUCAUCUCAACCCAUGUAUGUCUAUAAAGAU